AUGUAAUAAAGAGCACGUUCUCUAAUUGCAAGACAAUAUUACAAAAAUAAAUAUGGUCCAUAAUUGAUUGAAGAUGAUAAUGUAUUGGAUGUAUAAAUAGGAGAUGAUAAUACGUAUAGAUAGAAAUUAUAAUAUAUUUUUAGGUUAUAAGCAAGAUAAGGUUUAGUAAUUACUAUAAAUUCAGAUGAUGAAUAACCUAAAUAAAAACCAUCUUUACCAAACCUUUCAGAAACAGUUGUUAAAAAAUAAGAAUGUGCAUUAUAAAAAUUUGAAGACCGAAACAGCACUUCAUAAUUAUAACUUACUCUACAAUAGUAAUUAUAAACACAAACUGAUAUUUACAAAUCAUAGCAAGUAAGUAGUAAUCUUGAUAGUAUAUCAUAAUUGUAAAAGUCACUUUCCUAAAUUAAAAUAUAAUAACCAUAGAGUAUUAGUAAUCCACCAGUGUUUUAACCACCUUAAAAAAUACCUUAAAUUAAAUAAUAACAAUAAUAAUAAUAAUAAUCUAAAUAACCACUUACUAAAGGAAUUGGUGAUUAAAACUAAAAAAAUAAUGAAAAACCAAAAUAAAGAGUUAUUUCAAUUCCUGAUUAGAUAUAAACUAAAAUGAAUAUAGAAUCUGAUGAAGAAGAAAUAUAAAUAAAUAAGAUGCCUAGAAAAUAAAUUAGAACUAAUGAAGAUGAAACUCUACCUUCAAUUCAUUUUAAAAAGAAAUAAGACUUCUUUUCUUAAUUGAAAUAGAAAGUAUUUAUUAUUAUUAAUUAUAAUCAUAGAUAACAUAACCAUUAGAUGAAAAUACUGCAUUAUAAAUAUAAUACAAAUAUAAAUAAAGAGAUGAUUAUUCUCCAGAAUUAGAAUAGCCAUAAAAUGUUGCACCUGUUUCUUAUUAAGAUUUCAUAGCAAUGAAAAAUAGAGAGAUUAAUGCUGCUAAAUAAAGAAAAUAAGAUGAAGAAUAUAGAAAAUAAUUAAUUUAAUAAAAAAAAUAAGAAAAAGUAGCUCCAGAAAAAUUAAGAGAAGGAGAGACAUUACAAUAAUAUUAAUAGAGAAUGAUAGAAUAUUUACAAAAAUAAAAUAAAUAUAAGAAUAAAAAGAAGUAUAAGAGAGGAACUGAUUUAGAUAAUAAAAAAACAGCAGAAGAAAAGUAAAAGAUUAGUGAAUUAAUGAAAAUGAUUGAUCCUAAUUUUUAAUAAGAAGAUAUAGAAGAAAGACCAAUUAAACCAGAUUUAUUAAAUUAUGAUGUUCUAUUAAAAAAUGGAUUAGUAUUAAAAUAAGCCUUUGUAAAACCACCAGAACCAGAUAUUAAUCCUAUGCUUAAUGUUUAUAAAAGAGGAAGAUAUGCAACUGAAUUUAUUUUUAGUGGUGGAAUUGAUUUAGAUGAUGGUCCUUAUGGAUAAUAAACAAGAAAAAAACCUAAAAAAUUACCAUUUCCUAAACAUAGACUUAGUUUAUCUCCAUGGGAAUAUUAUGGUGUAGGACCUGAAGAAUAUUUUGCAACUAGAAAUCCUAAUUUUGAAUUCAAAUAAAAAUAUGUUCCUGUUAAAGAUUAUUAUAAUGAAAUGCCAAGACCUAAAUAAAAUCCUAAAUAUUUUAGUUAUGAUGUUGAUUAAUUACUAGCUAAAAGAUAUUAAUCUAUUCAUUUAGAAUAUUAAUAUCAAACUUCAUUUAUUGGAUAUAAAUAAAGACAUUGGACACCUGUAUCUCAUUUAAAAGCUGUUUGUCCUAAUUUAGUAUUAGAAUAUGAAAAAUAUGAAAGAGAUAGAUUAUUUUGUUAUAUUGUAUGUGCUAAAGUUUCGAAAUAUUAACUUAUUGAAACUGUUGGAAUCCUUACUUCUAAAUAUACUAAAAAUAAAAUUGAAAAUUUAGUUAUGACUUAUUGGAAGGGAGAUUCUAAAGGAGAAAAAAAAACUAUUUCUAAUUUAGAAAAAUAAAUACCUUAAGAAUAAAUUAAAUAAACUGAUGAAAUGGAACUUUUUAAAGAUGAUGAAGAUGACGAAAAUGAAAAGAAAAAAAAAAUUAGUAAAGAAUAAAGACAUUUAGAAGAUGAAUGGGAUCCAACUAAAGAUGAAGCUACUGAAAGAGGUAGAAGAAAUAAAUUAAGAAAAGAAAAAUUUUAAAGAAUUGCAGAAGAAUUAAAAUUAAAAUAAUAAAUUUAACCAGAAAAAAAUUAAAAAAAAUAGAAAAAAAAUAAUGAUAAUGAUGAUAAUAAUAAUAAUAAUAUAGAAGUAGAAAAUUAACCAAAUGAAUCUAAAAAAUAAUAAAAAAAAUAAAAAAGAAAUAAAAAAAAGAAAUAAGAAUAAUCUAAAUAAUAAAUUGAAUAAGAAGCAAAUUAAUUUGAAUAAUAAUUUUAAAAAGAAUAAUAAAAUGAUAAUGAAGUACCUUCAAAAUAAGAAAGUGAGGAAUAAGUAUUUUAUGAUAAUGAAGAUCUAGUUUUUAAAGCCAAAAUGAUUGAAUUAAAUUAAAAAAGAUUCAAUUUCACUGGAACAGAUGUAGAUCUAUAAGAAAGCAUGAAAUUAGUUUUUCCAAGCAAUCAAUAAUAAAAAUUAGAUCCUGAAAGAUAUAAAUAAUUUAUGUAGAAAUGA